CUCCUAGUUCGAGAGGCUUCGUAGACGAAAAUGAGCCAAUUGCUCCUUGUGGUGGGUUUGACUCUGUCGGUACAAUUACUGAUUUUCCUAUUUCACAAGGCAAAGCUACAUGUUUCUUUGAGGAUGGCGAUGGGACACUUACCUUUUAUUAUGCACCCACUCAAAAUUCCACUUUUAUUCAAGUAUCAGAUAAUCAAACGUAUUCAGCGCUCGCGAACGCUCAAAAAUUCAUUAGCGUCAACUUAACUAGAGCUAACGCAACUAUUGGUUCUCAAGGUGUUCUUCAAGCUGUUUUCGCAUUAGCUCCUGCUAGUGGCAAUGGUUCUUGGUAUCAAUGCGCUGACAUUAAAGUGACGGGCGAUACUAAGACUAGCUCUGCUGUUAAUGUUUCGCCACAUAUUGGCGCAAUUACUCUUUUUGUUGGAUUUAUUUUCGUUUUUUACUUUUUAUAA